AACAACAAUAACGUCCUAAAUCUAUUUUAAUACAGAUACAGAUGGCUGUGUUUUCAACUCCUCCGUCCAUGGCAACUAUUCUGAUGGUGACAACCUCACUUACUCAUGCAAGGAGGACUGGAACAGGACCAACUGCAAUCUAGAAAUUGACGAGUGCAGCUCCAAUCCCUGUCAGCAUGGUUCGUGUACAGACUUCGUGGCCGGUUAUAACUGUAGCUGUGACGCUGGGUGGGGAGGAGUCCAUUGUAAUCAAGACAUUGAUGAUAACUGUGCAUCCAACCCCUGCCUCAACGGAAGAUGCACUGAUGCUGUCAGCAGCUACAUCUGCAUGUGUGAUGAAGGAUGGGCUGGAAUCAACUGUGAACAAGGUCCACCCACAUUCUUGUUCGAACUGACCAUCUCCAAUGUGGAAUUUACGGAGGAACUCAACGAGCCAACUUCUCAAACUUUCACAUCACUCGCAUCUGAGCUAUCAGAAACAAUCUGGUCUUCGCUGAACAAGAGCCAUGUUGGAGCUGACGUCAUUAACAUCGUCAUCACCAGUUUCCGUAAGGGAAGUGUGGUAGCAGAUUACUACAUUCAGUUACGUCAGAGUACAGAGGUCACUGACAGGGAGAUACAAGAAACACUUAGAUCCGCUCUGAGGAACAGCACGGACUUAAACCACUCUUUAGAAAUACAACUUGAGUCAAUAUGUGUGAAGGUGGACGGAGUCAGCACGUGUAAAGAUGACGGGUCGCCACAGUGGCCACCGUGGGCAACAUACGCCAUUGCAGGGUGUGCAGGUCUGGCCGUCUUGGCUACCUUAGCCUUGAUAGUCAGUAGAGUCCAUAAAAGUGGUAGAUUCUCGUGGGAGUUAGAGCAACAGAGCGACAGAGGCGACCUUGGCGGUGGAUCCAACAUGCCGGAAACCAACCAUCACAUGAACCCCCUUUAUAACAUAUCAAGCAAUUCUGCGGCAUAUGAUCUCGAGGAUGAUGGUGGCACAGACGGUGGUACAUAAAAUACAGUAGUGCUCAAAGAGGUGUUCACAUUUAGCUUUACGGAAGAUGCAUUACAAACAGUGUU